UUAAUUGGUCAAAUAGCGGCCAGUUGGGACAAGUGAGGGAGGUUCAACUGAUCUUUCAUUGCCUGCGGCUUGUACACAGCUACGCCACCGAAAGACCUAGAUCUCACUCAUAUAUGUACUCUAAAGCACAGCUGUGUCACAGCACAGCAUCAACAAGACCCGCGUUUAGCCCGUAUGGACCACGAGGUCGGUUGAUCUCGUUGUCUCUCGUUGGCGAUCACGACGCCAUUCCAUUCCAACAAGGAAGGGGCGUCCAAGCUAACAAAAAGAAAGAGACUCAUCAAUAGUGACCGCUAGUCUGGUAAAAACUUGUGUAGUGUUCGGUUCAAAGGCUGCCCCGAAAAUUCUAGAAAUUCUGAAUUCGUGACACAAGUGUGUCUCUUGAGAAGUCGUUGAGUGGGAAUCUUCGUCGAGUAAAUUAGGAUCAAAAUGCGUGGACUCUUCCUGGUUGUUUUGCUGGUUUGCGGCUGCUAUGGCGCAACCGAUGAGGAUUACUUUGAGUUUACCUGUCCAAAAGAGGAUGGGCAGUUUGAUGAUCCAUACCAGUGUGAUAAGUACUAUGAAUGCAACGGAGGACGUGUGACAGAAAAACUCUGCCCAGAUGGACUGGUAUUCGACCCAACCAGUAAAUUAGCGAACAAAUGUGAUCAACCCUACAACGUGGACUGCAAGGAUCGCACAGAACUUCAAAAAGCCAAACCAAUCGGAGUUUGUCCCCGGCAAAAUGGAUUCUUCCCACAUCCUGAUAACACAAUCUGUAACGUGUUCUACAACUGUGUCAAUGGUCGAGAAAUCGAAAUGAACUGUGUCGCUGGACUGCACUUUAGUCUGAAAACCGGCACAUGCGUUUGGCCCGACAUGGCAAACCGGGAAGACUGUGGAAGCAAUGCCAACAAGAAACUUGAAGACGGCUUCCAGUGUCCGAAGGAUUUCCAACAACGCGACAAAAAUGGCCAAAUCAUCACCCACCCCAACUAUCCUCACCCCGAGGACUGCUCCAAGUUCUACAUUUGUCUCAACGGAGUCGAACCCAGAAAGGGAAACUGUGACUCCGGACUUGUAUAUAACGAAGACAUCCAGCGGUGUGACGAGCCGGAGAAUGUCCCCGGGUGCGAGGAUUGGUACGGUGAAGCCGAAAAAACGAAGAGGAAGUGAGCAUGGUGUCUUCAAUUUUGCGAAGGCUGGAGUACAUUAGAGAUAACAAAGUAGAACCGUAAGAACGCGCAGUGCCUACCGUUGAAAAAGUCAGUGUACCUUUAAUUUUUAUAGAGAGUUUAUAUUUACAAAUGAAUUAUAAUAAUAACAUUGUGGUA